CAGUGGGUGGGAAAGUUUAAAUCCUAGCAGCCCUUGGCCCUUACUCGUGCUACCUAAAUUCCCUCAGCAGCAGCAUGAAGCUGGGAGCCUUUCUUCUCUUGGUGUCCCUUGUCACCCUCGGCCUGGAGGUACAGGAGGUGCAGACUGCCGUGAGACCUCUGCAGCUUUUAGGUACCUGUGCUGAGCUCUGCAAUGGUGACUGGGACUGUGCGCCAGGGGAACAGUGUGUCAGUAUUGGAUGCAGUAGCAACUGUGUUACAAACUAAGAAGAGCUUCUACCUAGAAAAAAAUGUGCCUGUUUGGAGCUCUGUGGCCAAGAAAACAGUUGAAAAUGGAGGCCAUGGAUGGAGAUUACAAGCAGUACAGUGGGGAUGGACAAGAAGGUGAGAAGCCUCAGCCAUGUACUCCUGAUGUCAUGAUAAUUCUGCUUACUACAGAGCAAAACAGGAGAUCCAGCCAAGCAUAGCCUUAAACCCCCUAAAACAGUACACCAAACAGUUAAUAAUAAUAAUAAAUCCUCCUUCUUUUAAAUUGUU